AUGGUUGAGAGAGAGAAGGGAAAAUUUCCAAGUCAAAUUGAGAUCAAUCCCAAAAACCAAGAGCAAGUCAAGGCCAUCACACUCCAGAGUGGGAAAAUUGUAGAGAAAAAGAGUGAAGGAAAAGUGGACCCGGUUGAAAAGUUGGUAACUGGCAUCACUGAACCGCAAGAGGAAGAGCGAGUACACGAGAAAAAAGUUUCUCCAUCUAUUCCGUAUCCUCAACGGUUACAAAAGGCUAAGAAAGAUCAACACUUUUCUGACAUUUUUGAAUUGUUUAAAAAAGUGCAUAUUAACAUUCCUUUGCUUGAUGCAGUGAAACAAAUCCCAAGCUAUGCAAAAUUUUUGAAGGAUGUUUUCACCAAGAAGAGGAGAUUCGCUAAACAUGAGACGGUGAUGUUAUCUGAAGAAUGUAGUGCAGUGCUACAAAAGAAAUUGCCACCUAAGUUGAAAGAUCCAGGGAGUUUCACUAUUCCUUGCACGAUUGGAAAUACUUAUUUUGAUAAAUCUUUGUGUGAUUUGGGUGCAAAUUUUGUGGUUCCUGAUAUGGAAGAAGUUCGUGAAAUUCCGAUUAUCCUAGGUUGGCCAUUCUUGGCCACUGCGGAUACUGUAAUUGAAGUUCGAAGUGGCCUAGUCACAUUGUGA